AGCUGUGCUCAUAUUAUAUUCUAAUAUUUUAAUUAUUCAACACUCUCUACACCUACCUAUUCAAAAUGAAGGCCUCUACCAUCUUCGUCAGCGCUCUUGCCGCUUUCGCCACCGCUGCCCCUACCAGCACCACCACCACCCCUGAGAAGCGUGCCAGCGUUGAUCUUGCUUCUUUCAACAACUUCAACUUCGGCAACCAGGACCUCCAGUACCUGCUCGCCGUCAACGGCUUCAACAUGCAGGCCUUCGCCCAGCUGUCUGCCUUCAACAACCUCAACAUUGGUGGCUUCCAGAGCCUGUUCGUCGGCAACACCUUCGACAUCAACGCCCUGCUCCAGCUCCAGCAGAUUGCUCUCCUGGCUCAGCUCGGUGGCCUCGGUGUCUUCGGCAACUUCGACCUCAGCGCUAUCCAGCUCAACGUUUUCGACCUUGGUCUCCUUGGUAACAUCGGCAGCUUCGAUGUCUCUACUCUCGUCCAGCAGAGCCUUGUUCCUCAGCUCCAGACCGUCAUCCAACAGACCCAAAUAAGCGCUGUUGUCCUAUAAACGAUCUCAUGAUCUACUAGGGCACACCUCAUCUCAGGGCACCUAUAAUGCAGUGAGCGAGUCUACCUUACAAGGACACGAUUCAGUGCGGGGAUGAGAAGGGGAGCAGAUUGGGAAAUAUCCCUGUAUUUUUCUUAUUUUAUGUCAACUGCCGUUGUUUCCUCGCCGGCAAGAUAAUA